AGAAGGAAUUAGUAAUUUAAUUAAGCUUUUUUUUAUUGUUUAUUUAUGCUUUUGAAUUUUCUGUUCACGAACACUAGAAGAAGUAUAUUUUGUUCACAUUAUUUAUUAUGUUUCAGGACCGUUUUUAAUGGCGGAAAUAGUAGGGGUAAUCGUCGGUGCAUUGAGUUUCAUUUGUGGUACUCCAACCUGCAACUUUAUAGAUCAAUAUCAAAAUUUUAAUGACAAUGUGGGUGAGCUGAGAAGAAUAUUGGACACUCUAACUAGCCAGAAACGAGAUAUAGAAUCAAUAAUAGAACAGGCAGAGGCUCGCGGCGGACAAACGGUUAGACAACAAGUGCAAGUAUGGCGUAAGCAAGCACAAGAGAUCAAUGUUGAUGUGCGAGCAUUUUUAGAAAAGGUGCAGGGAGUCAAGUGGUACAAGCGUGUCUGUCUUGACAAACGUGUUUGCAGAAAAAUUAAAGUGGUGGCGGACAUGAUUGAAAAAGGUAGCUUUACUGAAGGCCUUUUUAUUGAGAGAGCUCCAGCUCAUGGAAACAUAUUUCCAACAGAGGAUAUAGUGUCGGAAAUGCUUACUAGAGAUCGUGAAAAUUGGGAGGACUUGACGGCUAAUGGACCUGUUUCCAAAGUGCUACUGGUUAUAGCCUGUGAAGAGAUAGAGCGCGUGGUUGAGUUGGACUCAUCCUCGUCCUCAUUGUGUUGUUCGAUACUUGAUAAGCUUGAACUGCUAGAGCUUUGGGGAUUGCCUAGGUUGUGUGAACUUGUGAGAGUGGAAGGAGUAGCAACACCGCUGCAUGUCUUUUCCAAUCUUAAAACACUUAAAAUAGAAGCAUGUACAGGAAUGAGGAAGUUGCUUCCACUUGAGCUACUACAAGCCCUCCAAAACUUAGAGGAGAUUAGAGUUGUCAGUUGCAAACAAAUGGAGGAGAUAAUAGCAUUAUCAGAUUCAGAUGCAUCAUCAUCAGAUAAAUUCACUUUAACUUUUCCUAAGUUAAGGGAAUUGUGCUUGUGGAACUUACCCCAAUUGAAGAGCAUCUGCAGUGUCAAAGGAGUUACAUUUUGUAUUCUAGAAGAGAAAGAGAUCGAUGUGUCUGAGAUGCAAACCCUAAGUGGGUAUAUUUUGGAAGACAAAGAUAUCCAGCCUCUACUCCCUCACAAACUCCAACCAUCCUCCAUGUUACCUUAUAAGGCUCCUUACUAGACUUAAACUCAGAGGAGUACAAUGCAUCAAUUGAGUACUACUGGGCACCCUUCAUAGUGGAGUCUGAUUCAUACCAUGCAACAUAUCAUACGGUCCUGAGAUGACUGGUGAACCUUGCUGCCAUAGCUGAACAUGGCAGGAGCUUGGAAGGAGUUGAUGUGUUGGUGUUUAAGUGCUAAGUUUGAUGGAUCCACAAGCAUAACAAGCCUCAAAUCAGUGUCAUAACCCUUUAAGGCUUCCACCUCUUCCUCCAGAACCAAUUGCUAUCAACUACGAUCAUGAAGCAAAUCAUGAUUUCCCUCUUGCCACAGUUACUAGACCCAGUUUUAAGGAAUUGAAGAGGUAAGGGAGGGAGACAUGGCCAUGGCAGUUGAACUUAACCAGCAGUAGGAGGUAUAUGAGGUAUAUCAAGGAGAUUGAACUUGUGAAACAUGUAGACUUCUGCAAGUUUCACUCUUCUGUUUCUUUUGGGAUAUACAGCACAGAAAGUGAAGCACAAAAGAGGAGCCUUAAGCAAUAGGAUUGGUUCUGUGGUUUUUCUGAAACGUCAUAGCUGCUACUAUAGCAUGCAUCAAAGGAGAAGGAUAGAAGCCAUGCGGUAAUGAGAACUGGUUCAACGAUACUUAUCCAAUCCAAGAAGCACCAUACUUAGGGAAUUGGAUCUCAUCUUGCCAUCAUGGAGACAGUUCGCAACAUCUUACAAGGACUAAAAAUAAAUCGUUACAGUUUUGAACAUUACACAAUUGUCGAAAUAUCAAAAAGUUGUUCAUGUCUGUUUAUGGCGAAUAGAAAGGAAAACUCGACAGGAAACAGAGAUCUGACCCAAAAAAAAUUUCUGAUUGUGUUCAUGGUAAUUGGUUCUUUACGGGACUACCUGAUUACAUGGAAUAAGAUUGUGUAUGCAUAUUUGUUGAGCAGUUGUAAAACUCUUUUGUGAUCUUUGAAGUUCAAGUACAUAUAGAAGAACAUAUCUCCAAGUUGCAGUUCAGGAGAUUUGCUUUGGCCUAUCUAAUUUAGUUAUUAUAAAUGUCUAUUUCUUUA